UAUAUUAACGCGCAAGCGGAAGGUAGGCGGCCGGUCGACGACCCGCCCCAGACAAUACCAAGAGAGGAAGGUAGCCGGCUGGGGCCGCUCAGAAGGAGAGAGCAGUCAGGAAGGAAGGAUCAGAGACGACGCUAAUGGAGAGGAGCUUGGUCUGCGCCCGUUUCUUCUUCUCCUUCCCCUGGGCUUCCUCGCUCCGGCUCGGCUACAUCCUGCUCUUGCUCCUCUCAGCCAAUGGUUUUGUAUCGUCGGCGACGGCGCCACUCAAGUUCGGCAUCAACUACGGGCAGAUCGCAAACAACCUACCGCCCCCGACGCAGGUCUCCGGCAUCCUCCAAUCGCUCAACGUCAAGAGGGUCAAGCUCUAUGACGCCGAUCCGUCCGUCCUUAAGGCCUUCGCCGGCACGGGUGUCGAGUUCACCGUCAGCGGCGGGGACCUCGUCCACAUGUCCGACGCCAGCAAUGCCCGCGCCUGGGUAACGCAGAACGUGCAGCCCUUCCUCCCGGCCACCCGCAUCACCAGCAUCAUCGUCGGCAACGAGGUGCUCUCCGGCGAUGACACGGCCGCCAUGCAGAGCCUCCUCCCCGCCAUGCAGGCAGUCCACCAGGCGCUGGUGGACCUCGGCCUCGACGGCGAGGUGAACGUGUCGACGUCCCAGUCUGUCAACGUGCUCGCCAGCAGCUACCCGCCGUCGUCCGGCGUGUUCCGGGAGGACCUCGCGCAGUACAUGGAGCCGCUGCUCGACUUCCACGCCCAGGUGGGAUCGCCGUUCCUGAUCAACGCGUACCCGUUCUUCGCCUACAAGGCGAGCCCGUCGACCGUGUCGCUGCCGUACGUGCUGUUCGAGCCCAACCCCGGCGUGCGCGACCCUGGCACGAACCUCACCUACGACAACAUGCUCUAUGCCCAGAUCGACGCCGUGUACGCGGCCAUGGAGGCCAUGGGGCACACCGACGUCGGCGUGAGGAUCUCCGAGACCGGGUGGCCGUCCAGCGGGGACGCCGACGAGGUGGGUGCCACCGUGCAGAACGCCGCCGCGUACAACCGGAACCUGAUGAAGAGGGUCGCGGCGGGGCAGGGAACGCCGCGAAGGCCAGACGUCCCCGUCGACGUGCUCGUCUUCGCGCUCUUCAACGAGAACAUGAAGCCCGGCCAGGCGUCCGAGAGGAACUACGGUCUGUUCUACCCCAACGGCACUUCGGUGUACGAUCUCGGGCUCGAUGACGGUGGGUCGCCCGGCACGUCGCCGACGACGUCGGGGUUUUACUCUUCUUCCAAACCGAUGAUAUCGUUCCCGGUGGGGGUGGUUGUCCUACUUGCAGCAUUUUUCUUGUAAUAAUCACCGUCCACAAGUUUAUAAUAUAUUGCACGAACGCUCACCCACGAUUGAGAUUGUUUACUAACUGAUAGCUCAUUUUGUGCCUACAUAGGCACAUGAGAUCAGCCUAUACAUUAUUCUGACACUGACAUUGGAGCUAGUUAUCUUGAUUUCUACAAUAUUACUAAUUAAUUCAGCUGUUCUUGAUA